AUGGCCUUUGAGGAGUUUGGCCAACUAUCAAAACGUAGGAGGGAAGAACGCGCACAGAAAUACAAGAAGAAGAUAUUAAUCGCGGUCUUAUGUACUCUCUUGUUCCUCCUUUGUAUAGCUGGUGGUGUUUUCGCCUUCUUUCAUUUUACAAGCAAGAAAAACAGUGCUUCUUCCAAAUAUGUUGGUGCCUCUUCUUCGCCACCUCAAGGAGAGCAAACAAAAACUUCUAGUAAGAUUAUAGAAUUGUUAUGUGAUCCUACAGAUUAUAAGAAGAAAUGUGCUGAUACCUUGGUUAAAGUGGUUCAUACGGAUACCUCUAACCCUUCUAUUGCCCCUAGAUUGAUUGUUAAGGCCGCCAUCUCUGCAGCCGCGGAUGAGGUUGUUAAGGCUAUUAAUAAAACAGAGAAAUUUAAGUUUGAUAAGUCUCAUGAUAAGGCUGCAUAUGAAGUUUGCAAGAAGGUUUUUCAGGAUUCGGUAGACGAGUUGGCUGAGUCCCUCAAUCAUGCAGGACAAGAGGCUAAAAACUACCAUGACAAGAUUAGCGACCUUAAAACAUGGUUAAGCGCGGUAUACUCCUACCAAGAAACAUGUAUUGAUGCUUUUGAUGAUGGAGAUAUGAAGAAAAAAAUAAAGGAUGCAGUGAAUGCUUCUAAAGAGUAUGUUAGUAACUCCCUUGCACUUGUUGCACAAAUUUCUACUAUCCUUGAGAAAUUCGCUGCGGCCGAAGAGUCUAUAAAGCCUCCUGCUCGUCACCUCCUAGAACAUGGUUCAUCGCCACCCGUUGAUAACCAGGGGUUCCCUGAGUGGGUUGGCCACGAGGAACGGAAUCUUGCAGUUAAGGCGACGACUAACUUGGUUGCCAACAUCACUGUGGCUAAAGAUGGAAGUGGAAAUUUUACUACCAUCAAUGAUUGUUUGAAAUCCUUGCCUGAGAAUCGCACUGAAAGAAUAUAUAUCUAUAUCAAAGGAGGAUUUUAUGAAGAGUACGUGACAGUAACCAAGAAGAUGAAGAACAUAACAAUGUUUGGAGAAGGAUCACAAAAGAGCGUAAUCACAGGCAACAAAAAUUUUGUAGAUGGAGUUCGUACAUAUGAAACUGCCACUUUUGCUGUGAUGGGAGACGGAUUUGUUGGCAUUGCAUUAGGAUUCAAUAACACAGCAGGACCAGAAAAGCACCAGGCAGUCGCCUUAAGAGUACAAGCAGAUCGUUCAAUCUUCCUCAACUGUCGAAUGGAAGCAUAUCAAGACACCCUAUACGCACAAACACAUAGACAGUUCUACCGCAGUUGUUACAUCGCAGGUACAAUCGACUUCAUAUUUGGUGACGCAUCCGCCAUUUUCCAAAACUGCAUGAUUAUAGUCAGGAAACCAAUGGAGAAUCAGCAGAACAUAGUGACGGCCCAAGGGCGAGCCGACAAGCACGAAAACACAGGGAUAAUACUUCAUAACUGUCGUAUAUAUCCUGAUAAAGAAUUGUUUCCUGUAAAACACAAGUAUAAGACAUACUUAGGGAGACCUUGGAAGCAAUAUUCGAGGACGAUUGUGAUGGAAAGUACAAUUGGAGAGUUGAUUGCACCUGAAGGAUGGAUGCCAUGGCAAGGAGAUUUUGCAUUGAAAACUUUGUAUUAUGCAGAGUAUAACAAUCAUGGACCUGGUUCAGAUACUUCAAAGCGUGUUAAAUGGGGUGGUUAUAAGAAGUCUAUUAGUAAACAAGAGGCACAAAAUUUUACUGUUACUCCAUUUUUGCAGGGUUCUUGGAUUCGUGAUAGUGAUCCUACUGUGCAAGUUCAUUAUGGGUUGUAUAAGUAA